GCACGUGAAUCUUAUGGAUUGAAAUCUAGUUCGGAUGCCUGGUGUUCUCAGGAGCCGAAGCAGCGGGAGCGGUCGCCGAAAGACCCAGAGAAGCUCCCCCUGCGGUCAGAAGUGCCGCCACCUCCGGAGGAGAAUCAAGGAGGAGACAUUAAAAAUAUUAAAGGAUUAUUAACCUUUUUAUAGGAUAAUAGUUCAACUGUAGGGAAUAAUGGCAGGUUAUAAGCCUGUUGUUAUUCAGACAUUUCCCAAACUUGGUGAGAAAAUAACUCAAGAUACAUUGUAUUGGAAAAACUAUAAAACUCCUGUUCAGAUAAAGGAGUUUGGUGCAGUAACAAAAAUAGACUUUUCUCCAGAGCUUCCCUAUAAUUAUGCUGUUACAGCUUCUUCAAGGGUUCAUAUUUAUGGCCGAUAUUCCCAAGAACCAAUAAAAACCUUUUCCCGCUUUAAGGACACAGCAUAUUGUGCCACCUAUCGACAAGAUGGUAGGCUUCUUGUUGCUGGCAGUGAAGAUGGUGUUGUCCAACUUUUUGAUGUGACUGGAAGGGCACCACUUAGACAAUUUGAUGGUCAUUCAAAAGCUGUUCAUAUGGUAGAUUUUACAGCUGACAAAUACCGCCUUCUCUCUGGAGCAGAUGAUUAUACAACUAAGUUAUGGGACAUCCCAAAUGCCACAGAAAUUCUGUCCUUCAGUGAGCAUACAGAUUAUGUGAGAUGUGGUUGUGCUAGCAAACUCAAUGCAGAUCUCCUUGUAACAGGUUCAUAUGACCAUACUGUGAAAAUGUUUGAUGCCCGAGUGAAGAAAAGUGUGCUGACUGUGGAGCAUGGACAGCCUGUGGAGAGUGUACUGCUCUUCCCAUCUGGAGGUCUUCUAGUAUCUGCAGGUGGUCGCUAUGUUAAGGUCUGGGACAUUCUAAAAGGAGGACAAUUACUAGUUUCUCUGAGAAAUCAUCAUAAAACUGUCACGUGCUUAUGUCUAAGCAGCUCUGGACAAAGACUACUCUCUGGAUCACUAGACAGGAAGGUGAAAGUGUACAGCACGACUUCCUACAAAGUAGUGCACAGUUUUGAUUAUGCAGCAUCAAUUUUAAGCUUGGCAUUGGCACGUGAAGAUGAGACUAUAGUUGUAGGAAUGACUAAUGGAGUGCUAAACGUUAAACAUCGGAAACCUGAAGCAAAGAAGGAUCCUUUUCCAAGGAGACGAAGGCCUGCGUAUAGAACUUUUGUUAGAGGGAAAAAUUACAUGAAAAAACAGGAUGAUGUUUUGAUCAGCAGACCAUUAAAAACAUACUUAAAGACUUAUGACAGAGAUUUGAAAAGCUUUCAGGUUUCCAAAGCUCUUGAUAGAGUAUUUCAGCCCAGAUUCAGAGUCAAACAGCCUGAAGUUACAGUUGCUGUCAUUCAGGAGUUAAAUAGAAGAGGAACACUUUCGAAUGCCCUUGCAGGGAGGGAUGAGAAACAACUUAGCAUUAUUCUUAGUUUCUUAAUAAGGCAUCUGGCUGAGCCAAGAUUUGCCCCUGUUCUGAUCAUUGUUGCUGAAAUGGUUAUUGACAUUUACCUACCCGUGAUUGGACAGUCAUCAGUAAUUGACAAACAGUUUUUGGUUCUUCAAGAGCUUGUAGAAAAGGAGAUUAGUUAUCAAGGACAACUAUUAGAAGCUUUGGGGAUGAUGGACAUGCUUUUUGCUACCAUGAUAAGAAAAGAAAGCACUUCUGUGUUCGACAGUAAACCCAAUGGUGUUUCUAGGGAACAGGAACAAGAUACAAGCAGCAUGCCUGUUUGAUGUCUUGGUUGGUGAACAAUACCAACCUUUAAAUGAACUUUUAGCCUAUUCAGUAUUGGAAGAGGAACUGUUCAGUGAGGGACUCCCUGUGGAUAACUUUGUACAAGAAAGAACUCAUCAAAACAUUUUCCAAGAGAGACUGAAAUAAUGAUGUUUGGAAAAUAAACAUCUCCUUAAAAUGUG